AUGGCGCUCGCAGUGGCUACUAGUCUCGCGUUAUUUGCGUUGCCUUCUCUGCAAGCUCCGACGAUACAGAGAUUCACACCGCUCAAGUUUACGAAAAAUGGCACUUUUCAAAUUUCCAUCUUCGAGGACCUUCAUUUCGGAGAAAAUGCAUGGGAUACUUGGGGUCCUCAGCAGGACAUCAACUCGGUCAUCGUACUUAAUAAAAUUCUCGAUGUCGAAUGCCCAGAUCUAGUCGUGCUCAACGGUGAUUUGAUCACGGGCGAGAAUGCCUACCUAGAAAACAGUACCGUGUACAUCGACAAGAUCGUCAGCCCGCUCAUUGACCGCGGGCUGACCUGGGCAUCCACCUACGGCAAUCAUGACAGUGCAUUUAAUCUAUCGCGAGAGGCUAUCUUUGCCCGAGAGCAUCAUUGGCCCAAUGCCCGUACUCAACGGAUGGUUUUUGGCAAGGACGCCGGCGUAUCCAAUUAUUACCUUCCAGUAUAUGGAUCCAAUGAUCACGACUUCACCAGUGCUCCGGAGAUGCUGCUCUGGUUCUUUGACAGUCGGGGCGGUGAGUUCUUCCAGGAACUUGAUGAUAACGGCAAUGAAGUAGGGCAGCCUGACUGGGUGGACGUGAGUGUUGUGAAAUGGUUUAAGGAGACCAAUGCGUUCCUCAUGAAGAAGCACAAAAAAGUGAUUCCGUCUCUCGCUUUUGUGCAUAUUCCCACAAAUGCAUCCCAAGCUGCGCAAAGCGAAGUUGGAAUUGACGCCCACCACGAACCAGGUGUUAAUGAUGAUUAUAUCCUAGCCCAGCAGGCCCAGGGCUGGUGCGCGGACGGUAGCAAUGACAAUUCGUGCGACUAUGGCGGCCAGGAUGUACCGUUCAUGGAGGCCUUGGUUGACACCCCAGGUGUGAUCGCGGUUUUCUCAGGCCACGACCACGGCGACACGUGGUGCUAUAAGUGGGACAGCUUGCUCCCUGGAAUGACGGUCAGAGGGAAUGGACUCAACCUAUGCUUUGGACAGCACUCUGGCUAUGGCGGUUACGGCAAUUGGAUCCGCGGUGGGCGACAGGUGCUAGUGACUGAAUCGAUCCUUCGUGAUUUGGCAGUCGACACAUGGAUUCGCUUGGAAUCAGGGGAUGUUGUGGGCUCCGUGUCGCUGAACACCACAUAUGGGGAGGAUACUUAUCCUGUCACGCCGGAUACUAUGACCUAUUGCCCCACGUGCAAUUACUCGGUUAUUACUUCGAUGCCCGGAACGAAGUAG